AUGGUCAGAAAACUCGAGUGGAAGGAAGUCGGAGCUACGGGACACGCCCUUUUGUCUCCAGGUUACAUUACUGCGAAAGAUAGUGAGCUAUUGUUUACCUCUGGAUGUGUGGGCAACGAUCCAAAAUCUGGCGAGUAUCCAGAAGACGUUGAAUCCCAGGCAAGAAAUGCCAUGCUAAACUUGAAGAACGUUCUAGCUGCGGCCUCUACGGAUUUCGACCAUGUGUUGAAAGUGCUCCUGUUUGUUGCAGACGGAAGCUAUGCCGCUGGUGUGAACAAGGUUUACCAAGAGUUCUUCCCAAGCGCCCCCGCAAGAAGCUGUGUCGUCGUGAGCUUUCCAGACUCCAGACUAAAGGUUGAACUUGAGUGUGUGGCCGAAAUUCCCAGUGGAAAUUAG